CACUGAUCUGACUUUCUGUUGAGUAUUUGUGGUGAGAACAUCAUUUAAUACGUCUUUGUUGAAUUCAGGUUUUCAGGAGACAUGGCCGGUCUGAGGUGCACUCUGGCUCUUCUGGUUCUGAUGGUGGUUUCCAUCAGGGCUGCUGAGAAGAAGGUUAAAUCUGUCUCUGAAAAGAUCGAGGAAGCCAACACCAACAUUGUCAGAGCUCCUGAUGGGCUCUUUGUAGAGGAUGACAUGGCUUAUGACUCUGAGAGCGAGAGGAACGCCGACCCCUGCACCUCCCACAACUGCAAGUGGGACAAGGCCGGUGAUGGCAUGGUGUACGUGCCCUACGUCAUCGCAGACCACUACACCUCCAGAGAGCGGGCCAUCAUUGAACGCGGCCUACAGUCCUUCGACAGCGUCACCUGCAUCCGAUUCGUCCCUCGCAUCAGUGAAAGAGACUACAUCCACAUCCAGUCUCUGGACGGGUGCUUCUCCUACGUGGGUCGACGUUUCAACGAUCAGGAUCUGUCUCUGAGGAGACAGGGCUGCCUGUACCUCGACGUGGUGCAGCACGAGUUGCUGCACGCUCUGGGCUUUAAACACGAGCAGUGCCGCUCUGACCGCGACCAGCACAUCCGCAUCCUGUGGGAGAACAUCAUACCCGGUUGGGAGUACGCCUUCGACAAGAUCAACACUCUGAACCAGGGAACCCCCUACGACUACAACUCUGUCAUGCAGUACUACAAGACCGCCUUCUCCAAGAACAAAGAGCCCACCAUGGUGCCGAUCCCUGACCCAAACGUCGAGUUUGGUGUUGCAACUGAGAUGAGCCAGAAUGACAUCACCAGGAUCAACCGGCUGUACAACUGCAGACUAGACUAGCCCGACACAGAAGUUUCUUCUUCCUGGGUUCAAUUACCGACGGAUGCCCUUCUGUGAGAGCAGCAGUCCGAAGGCUGAAGCUCAAGUUAUUGAUCUAUAUGAUUACUGAGUCUUCAGUCAGUUUGGAAUAUAAAUGGUUGAAAUACAUUAGAUACGUCUCAAAAUACGUUGUGAUUUGUAGUCAAGAGCAUCAAUAAAAUGUCACAAAAAAA